AUGGCCUACAACGGCUGCUCCGGAAACUUCUCAUCUUGCUCCUUUGGAGGUUACCUGCAGUACCCAGUCUCCUCCUGCGGAUCUUCCCAUCCCCAAAACUGGCUUUACAGCACUGACCUCCAAUCGCCCUUCACCAACCAGCUGAGCUACAGCGAUUGUCAGGAGACCUUCCAGGAGCCCACCGGCUUCCAGUCUACCUGCGUGCCCUCCGGGCCCUUUCAGAGGAACUGGUGGCGCCCCAAGAUCUCCACAUGCUACAGACCCUACCAGACAGCUUGCACAGGGUCCCUGGGCUUUGACACCAAGGGGCGUCAGACUUUUGGCCUUGGCUCUCCCUCUCUGGGCUUUGGGAACCGUGGUUUCCAAACCGUGGGCUGUGGUCCCCAAUCUUUCUCAUCCCUCUAUUGCAGACCUAACUUCUACCGCCCCACCUACUUCUCUACUAAAAGCUGCCAGUCCGUGUCUUACCAACCAGCCUGUGGAUCUGGCUUCUACUAA